AUGCCUUUCGAAUCCCCUCACCCACCAAUAGACAUACCGUCCAAAGAAUCCAUCUGGUCAUUCUUCUUCGACUCUGCUUACAGCCCUCUAUCCGCCUCUACUGCUUCUACACCACUUGCCGGCUACACAGACGCCAGCACCGGCGCCUUUCUCUCUUACUCUGACGUCAAGGCCAAAGCAACUGCCCUCUCUACCGCUCUUGUCUGCAACCAUGGCUUUACACCCGGCGACACGGUGAUUUUGUUCUCGCAGAACUCGAUUUGGUAUCCGGUGGCCAUGUUUGGUGUGCUUAGGGCUGGAGGUGUGGUCAGUGGGGCUAGUCCGGCUUAUGGGGUUGAGGAGAUGGAGUAUGCGUUGAGGACAUCUGGGGCCAAGUUCUUGAUGACACACCCUGAGUCUCUCAGUGUUGCUGUAAAAGCUGCUGAAGCUGUGGGGUUGGGACGAGAGAAGGUGUUUCUGAUUGAAGGGGAGAAGGAAGGGUUUUGUGGGUUGCAAGAGUUGAUUGAGGAGGUAAAAGGGCAAGAAGAGGUAGAAGCUUGGAGGGGUGUUAGGGCCAAGGGCAAUGGGAAUGUGUGUGCGUUUUUGAGCUUUAGUUCGGGGACUACUGGGUUGCCCAAGGCUGUCAUGAUUUCUCACCAGAACGUUAUCGCGCAGUGUUUGCAGAUGCUGGUCAUCACACCCAAAGAUCUGGAUCGCGUUCUCGCUGUUCUGCCUCUCUUCCACAUUACCGGCCUCGUACACAUCCUCCACUUACCCAUUCUCCUCAACGCAAACGUCAUCAUGUUGCCCUCCUUCAGCAUGCCAACAAUGCUGUCCACAGUCGUCAAGUACAAGAUCAAAGAACUGCUCUUGGUGCCACCACUCCUCAUCCGUCUUGUCCGCGACCCCAUCGUUGCCUCUUACGAUCUCUCUCACGUUACAAGGUUUUCCUCCGGCGCUGCUCCGCUCUCACAAGAGAUUUUGGAUUUGCUGCAAAAGAAGUUUCCGAAUACAGGGUUUAAGCAGGGGUAUGGGAUGACUGAAUCCUGCAGUUGCAUCACUGGCCAUCCACCGUCCUUCUACAACUACAAAUAUGCGCAUGCGGUGGGCCAAAUCAUGCCUUCUACCUCCGUAAAAAUUAUCGCUGAAGAUGGGACUGAAGCUUCCUUUAACCAGCCUGGCGAGAUCCUGGCUAAAGGCCCGCAGAUCACCAUGGGAUACCUGAACAAUGAAACCGCUACAAGAGAUACUUAUGACGACGAGGGAUACCUGCAUACCGGCGACCAAGGCUUCAUCUCCCCCAAAGGCCUCCUCACCAUCACCGACCGCAUCAAAGAAAUGAUAAAAGUAAACGGACACGCCGUAGCGCCUGCAGAACUCGAAGACUUGCUGUUAGGCCAUGUUGCCAUUGAAGAUGUAGCCGUGCUGGGUAUCCCUCACCCUGUCUCCGGAGAAGCGCCAAAAGCUUUCAUAGUCCUGAAACCUGACACCUCUGCAACAAACAGCAGACAAGCGAUACAAAAAAUGGGAAAUGAGCUAUUGGAAUUUGUCAAGGGAAAAAAGAUACGCUAUAAAUGGCUCGCGGAGAUUGAGUUUGUGGAGGUGAUCCCGAAAUCACCGUCGGGAAAGAUAUUGAGAAGGGUGUUGAAAGACAGGGCAAAGAAGGGAGAAAUUGGGAUUGUGGUCAAAGAAGCGACAAAGGCAAAGUUGUAA